CUCAUGGCUGGUUUUCUCUUUGCACUCCUCUUUUUGGCCAUGGUUGGCCACUCUAGUGCUGCAUGGUGUGCUUGCAAAGGAUUGAGUGAUGCAGCUUUGCAAAAGACAUUGGACUAUGCUUGUGGAGCUGGAGCAGACUGCAAUCCGAUCCAUACAAAUGGCCCUUGCUUUAAUCCCAACACCGUAAGAGCUCACUGCAAUUAUGCUGUCAACAGCUAUUUCCAGAAGAAGGGCCAAACUUCAACAGCAUGUGAUUUUGCUGGCACUGCCACUGUUACUGCUACUGACCCCAGCACAGCUGGCUGUGCUUACCCUGUUAGUGCAAGCGCCACCCCUACAACUCCAGGGACUACCAGCCCCACCACAAAAACACCAUCGACUAGCACAGCCACCACAGGCGGAUCUCCAUACGUGACAAACACAGGCAUAUUAGGAGGUGUUAACAAUGGUUUAGGCCCGUCGGGUGCUGGCAUGAACACAGAUAUAAGUCAUGCUGGGAUUUCACUGCAAAAUGCCAGCCUCUUUUCCUUUAUAACCAUUAUUAUUUCUGCACUUGCAUUAAUUUGAACUGGAACAAGAGAAGUUCUAUUGUCUGUACUAUAGGAUAGUCGUGGGUCGAUGUUAAAAAUUUAUGUGCUGAAGUUGGCAUAUAUAUGCAUGUUAUGCUAUUAUGUACUAUAAGUUGGUAUGUUAGGACUGCCUUGAUUUUGUUUUUA